AUGCCACGACCAAAAGGUAGUAAAAAAGAUAAGAAUAAAACAAAUAAAAUAAUUCAGAAAUCCUUAUCUCGUUCAUCUAUAUCAUCAUCUUUACUUUCUUCACAAACAUCAAUUCCAUUAUUAAAUAUAAAUUAUUCAAAUGAUAUUAUUAAUGAUGAUAUUAAUUGGAUAAAAACAUCAAUUAAUAGUAUAAUAAUAAAUAAAGGUGGUAGACCAAGAAAAAAAGAUGAUUUUAUUAAUAAUAUUGAUGAUAAUAUAAUAACAACAAAUAGUCCAAUAAGUUCAUCAAGUGAAAUAAAUGGUGGUCGAGUAGUUAUUAAUCCAGCUGUAUUACGUUAUCUUGAACAAAAUCGAAAUAUAAAUUAUUCAUCAAUAAUAAAUAAAACACAACAUAGAACAGAUGAAUAUUUUAAUAAAAAUACAUUAAUAAAUAUAAAUGAUGAAAAAGAUGAUCAUUUAUUUGAUGAUCUUUUGAAAAAUUUUCAUGUACAAGAAUCCAUAAUUCAUACUAAUAAUAAUAAUAAUAAUAAUAAUAAUACAUUUAUUCAUCCAUUAUUAUCAUCAACUAUGCUUUCAAAUCCACAAUCUAUAACAAUUAAUGAAUUUAUUGAACUUGAUAAACUUAUACAAGAUGAUCUAUUUUGGGAUUUUUGUACAUAUUCAACCGAUUAUUUAACAAGUGCUCGACUUGCUCAAUGGAUUCUUACGCAUCAUAAUUCCUGA